AUGUCGUCGAACGACAUCGCUGACUUUCUCCCUUCGUAUGCCUCGUACAACUGGACCGGCGCGCCAGCCGACUACUCUCUGGCUACAAAUGAGAGAACAGGAGGAGACUCAAGAACGGAGAAUCUGAACAAAUGGUAUCAGUCGGGCGACCAGGCAUAUAUCAUCAUCUCAUCAUGUCUGGUGUUGAUCAUGGUGCCGGGCCUCGGCUUUCUCUAUUCGGGCCUGGCACGACGAAAGUCGGCCUUGUCCUUGAUGUGGGCUUGCAUGGCCGCAGGCAGUGUCAUCAACUUCCAGUGGUACUUUUGGGGCUAUUCACUUACCUUCUCCCCUACCGGCACAAGCGGCUUUAUUGGAGAUCUGGUUCACUUUGGCCUGAAACGAACUCUGGGGGCCCCCAGCCCCGGGUCGCCUCUGGUCCCUAGCCUCCUCUAUUCCUUCUACCAGAUGCAAUUCUGCUGCGUGACCGCUGCUAUCAUUGCAGGCGCCGUGGCCGAACGUGGCCGAUUAAUGCCAUUCCUCGUUUGGACCUUUCUGUGGGCCACCCUCGUGUACAACCCGAUCGCGUGCUGGGUGUGGAAUGUCAACGGAUGGGCAUUCAAUUACGGUGUUAUGGAUUAUGCUGGCGGUGGGCCCGUUGAGAUCGGCUCUGGCAUGUCUGCCUUGGCCUAUUCCAUGGUUCUGGGAAAGAGACAGGAGAAGAUGAUGCUCAACUUCCGCCCCCACAACGUUUCCUUUAUCCUCCUCGGAACCGUCCUGCUAUGGUUUGGCUGGCUAGGCUUCAACGGCGGUUCCUCCUUUGGAGCCAAUCUCAGGGCUGUCAUUGCUUGCUGGAAUUCCAAUUUGACAGCGACUUUUGCCGCGGCCGCCUGGGUUCUGCUCGAUUUCAGGCUCGCUCGGAAAUGGUCGAUGGUCGGUUGGUGUUCCGGAACCAUCUCUGGACUUGUGGCGGCCACGCCCGCGUCUGGAUACCUUGACACAUGGGGCAGUGUGGUGUUGGGCAUUGUUACUGGCAUUGGCUGCAAUUUUGCCACCAAGAUCAAGUAUUGGGUCCGGAUCGACGACUCCAUGGAUGUGUUCGCUGAGCACGGUGUCGCCGGCAUGAUUGGUCUGAUGUUCAACGCUCUUUUUGGCGUCGACUACGUCGUGGGUCUCGACGGUGUCAAUACAGGCGGCACCAAUCCAACAACAGGCACUGCCAUUGGCGGGUGGCCGAUUGGGAACUAUCGCCAAUUCUAUAUCCAACUCGCCUAUAUCCUGGCAUGCACGGGCUAUGCCUUCGUCAUGAGCGCCAUCCUGGCUUAUAUUGUGAACUUUAUCCCGGGUCUGCAUUUGCGUGCUUCAGAGGAGGCCGAGCUGCUCGGCAUGGACGAUGACCAACUGGGCGAGUUUGCUUAUGACUACGUUGAGGUUCGCCGCGACUAUCUCGCCUGGACGCCGCAAAACCCGGACCAAAACGGUAUCGACCCCAACAUCCCCAGGGAAGAUCGCUAUGGCAUCGGAGAACACUCGGACAUGAUCCGGAAGGCCGCCGCCUUGACCACCCCAGGCGAGUCGACUGAGGCCAGUACGCGCAGCCACCAGGAACUUCCCGCGCAGGGAGACCGGCACGCCAUCAAAGCCGAAGAUGCAGAGAAGGCCAGGCAUGAACCAGAGGCGUAG